ACUUCUUUUCUUCAACACCAUCAAUAGGAAGCACCUUAUCGCCUCGAUCGCAAAUUUCGAUCUACGGCCUUGCGAAUCCCUUUAAGUAUACGGGAUCCUGCUGCUGUGGUUUACCUUCUAUAAGUCCGAAGUUGCAAACAUGGCGCACCGCAUCAUAACGCAGAUCGUCGUAGUAGGCAGCCGAGUACUCGGUCGCGCCUUUGCCGAAGCUUAUAAGCAGGCACAAGCAUCCUCCAACUAUGCUAGAGCGCAGGCUAAGUUGAAUCCGAAUGGAGUAUCGGCUCGGGCGAGUCUCUCCAAUGGCAUGACCCUCGAUGAGGCGUGCAAGAUCCUAAACGUCAAGCCGCCGCAGGGUGGACAGACGAACAUGGAAGAGGUCAUGUCGCGAUUCAAGAAGCUCUUUGACGCAAACGAUCCGCAGAAGGGAGGAAGCUUCUACCUACAGAGCAAAGUCUUAAGAGCGAGGGAACGUAUAGAAGCCGAGGUUAGACCGGCGAUGGAGAAAGCUGCGCAAGAGGCCGAGAUAAAAGAGGGAUGGAAGCCCAAGAUGUAUAAGGACCGGUAGUGACUUCGGAGUGGAAAGAGAAUACGAGUUUGACCCGGGGGGCGGGUUUAGUGUCGCUGGGAAUCGGACACAUACUAUACGCAACAACCGUUUACGAAAGCAUCUUCACUCGACUGUGGCAUGGCCUGGCGUUAUCAUUUGGGACUUUUGACGCAUUCAUGGACCGGCUCGUUCCUGGUCGGAGUUAGACGAGAGACGACGCUGCGUAUACUACUGUAAUUAUUGUACAUUAUAUGUCAAAAAGGGGCGACAUGAUAUAGCGGUUCUACGUGUGUUAGAUAGACGCCGGACGGGCUUCUUAUGGACGAAUACAACAGGACUUCGCUUGGAUAUUUACAUAUGUAUAAGAUCCAUAUACUAACGUAGUACGCCUCCGUAGUAUGUCUUUUGGCAUCGAAAACGUAAAUGCUUUCGUAUCAAGGUUGACUCAGUAAGGAUUAAUCGUGUAAUUAGCUGUACACUGAUGAACCCAAUGAGUGGUCAAGGGGGAAAGGUAUAACAUACCUGACUAAUAGACGUACCUAACCGCAUGUCUUAUGCAAGCUGCCUACAACACGCGAUACAUACCUCUUACCAAAGUAAAUUUUUACUCAAACCG